AAUUUUAAUCUUACUCUAAUAUUAAAAUUAAUAAUACAAAUAUUACGUUAAUAGAGUAAAGUGGAUGCCGGUCCACAAUAAAACCUACGAAAUUCUUACAAUUUCUACCUACAGAAACAAUUUAUUCAUCCGGAUAUUUUGUUCAGGUCGUACGACGUGUCGUUUUUUUCCCCAUUAAAUGCAAUUAGUUUUCCACUAUACACAUUCGAUUCAUCGUCGCAUGCCGGUCCACAAUAAAACCUACGAAAUUCUUACAAUUUCUACCUACAGAAACAAUUUAUUCAUCCGGAUAUUUUGUUCAGGUCGUACGACGUGUCGUUUUUUUCCCCAUUAAAUGCAAUUAGUUUUCCACUAUACACAUUCGAUUCAUCGUCGCUUACCGUCCCAUCAGCCUGUGGCUGUGUAAUUGCCGCCAUGAGCCUCCUGGCUCUUAGCCGCCGUGACUGGAUUUCGACCACCGCCGUCCUUUUUUCCCUCUCCGUCGAACUGAAACAGCCUCGGAUUCUACCUUUCCGAACUCUCCACCGUUUACCGCCGGUAUUCCGGAUUCCUUCUUUCUCCUCUAGCCGCGUUUCACCUCCAGUACUCGCAGUGUCCAGCGACGUUUUGCAUGAUGCUGGCGCAACAGCGGCUGUUCUCGUCGGUGCCUACUCGCUUGUUCGCGGAUUCGACAAUCUCACCCGGCGGAAUUUGAUUCAGCAGAAUUUGAGCAGAAAACUUGUCCACAUAUUGUCCGGAUUGCUUUUCACAAUGUCUUGGCCUAUAUUCAGCACCUCAACGGAGGCUCGGUUCUUCGCUUCAAUUGUUCCUAGUGUGAAUUGCUUGAGGCUUGUUAUCAAUGGCCUCUCAUUAACCAAAGAUGAAGGACUUUUGAAAUCACUUACUCGGGAAGGAAAACCAGAGGAAUUGCUGAGAGGGCCUCUAUAUUAUGUUCUAAUACUGAUUUUGUCAGCUGUUAUCUUCUGGCGUGAAUCUCCAGUUGGUUUGAUCUCACUGGGAAUGAUGUGUGGAGGAGAUGGUAUUGCUGAUAUAAUGGGAAGAAAGUUUGGGUCCAAAAGGCUUCCUUAUAAUCAGGAGAAGAGUUGGAUUGGUAGCAUUUCUAUGUUCAUCUUUGGAUUUUGUGUUUCCAUUGGAAUGUUGUACUAUUACUCGGUUCUUGGAUAUUUAGAGCUGGAUUGGGUAAAGGCAGUGCAAAAUGUUGCUUUAGUUUCUCUGGUGGCAACUGUGGUGGAGUCUCUUCCCAUUGCAGAAGUUGUAGAUGAUAAUAUAUCAGUCCCACUGGGCAGCACUUCUAUUUUCUCUGCUUGCUUUAUAUGAAAACACUUACGUGGAUCUUACAAGGAUUCCUGUCCUAUAAAAGAAGACUUGUGUCCAUAGCUUUUGUUGACAAGAGGAUUUGAAUCAUAAAUCUCAUCUUGUGGUUACUAAUACACUCGAAUGAUUAAGCUUUUGAUAGCAAUACCAUUUCAAUUACUAAUUAGUUUAGAUAGUUGGGCCUUUGAAGUUUUAUUUUCUUUAAAAAAGAAUUAGUUAUAAAUAUAACAAUUAAAUUCAAAAUAAUAGCAUAUAAAACAAGAUCUUUGAAAAAUUGUAACUAUGACAACAUUUGUCAAAAUCUAUUAAUUAUAGAAGUCUAUUAUUAAUAGAUCAUGUUUAAAAUAUUGGUCUAUAGAUUAUAGAAGUUUAUCAUUGUUGCAAUCUUUUUUAAAUGUUGCUAUGCUUGAUUGUCAUUCCUAAAACUUUUACCUAUUAUAAUUAUCUUUAAAAAAUCGUAAUGAAUUAAACUUUAGAAUUUUGGUAUUUUUGUUUAUUUAGUCUCUUAAGAAUUGUUAGAUAUUAAGUUUUUAAGUUGUUGAAUUUUGUAAGACUGAUCACAAAUUUAUAGGAGUAUUAUACAUAAAAUUUAAACCUAUAACUAAUAGGUUAGUUAAUGCUGAAAUAUUUGAAGAUUUAUACAUCUUACACACACAAAAUUGAUUUUUCAAAAACGUAAAAUUGAAUCUGAGGGACUUAAAAGCACAAACUUGUAAAGUUAAAAAUAUAAUUUUGGGCUAAUUUUUACGAGUUUUAAUUGAAACAAAUUGUUUUUUUUUUUUAACAAAAUAAAUAAAUGGUGAUGUAUAAGAGUACCUAGGCCAUGUCAAGUGGCAGAAAAGGCAUGCAUAAGUCAGACGAAGUCAGAUGUUCAUGUGAUAACAUUCGCAUCAUUUCUGAGAGCAUUCUCUGUUUUUGUCAACCACGUUGCUUUUAGUAAUUUGGGCAGUCAUUGCAAAACACGUUUCUAAAUAUGUUAGCUCGUGCAGUACUUUCAAUAAUAUCCUAAAUUUUUAAAAAUGCUAAAAUUUACUUCAUAUUGGAAUCACAAUCACAAACAAUAAAAAUAGAAUUUUGUAAGUUAUAUAAUCAAAAUAAUUUAUAUCUUUAUAUAAGCUUAAAGGUCCAAUUUUAAAUUUUGGAUAGUUUUUAGUUUAAUUUUAAAAAUUCAAAUGGUAUAAUUGUAACCAUCACUGUAUUUGAGGUGGUUUUUGCAAUUUGUAACAUCUUAUGUUUUCUCGUCCCUUUGAACUUUUUUAUUUUUUUUAUUUAAAUGUUUGUCCGAAAAAAAUGUUUAUUAUUUAAUUAAAUUAUUUAAAUGUUUAUGUCGGGAAAAAUGCUUACCUAAACUUUAAAAAAAUAAUAAUAACAACACAUGCAUAUAUUUAAAAUAGAAGAAUUUUCAUGAAUAUAACAAAACACUAAAAUAUUUACGAUCUAGGUAACAAAAUCAAAAAGCCUAUAAAGUUGGUUAUUUUUUAAAAUAUUUCAUAUUUGCUCUUCUUUUUCAUCUUUUUAAUUUUUUUUCCUUUCUAUCAUCUUCUUCAACAAUUUAUAAAGGAUUUAUUAUUUUUUUUAACUGUUAUUUGAUUGUUGAAGAUUGUUAUCAAAUAUAAAAGAUCUUGAAAAAAAAUCGUUAGGAUAUUGAGUAGUCAAAUCUAAACGAUCGUGUACCAAAAAAUCUUUUAAAAAAUCGUUUAGAUUUGAUACGACCGUGUAGCCAAAUUUAAACGAUCUUGGUACGCGCAUUGAGUGUCAAUUAAUCGUAUGUUGACAGGGAUAUUUUUUGUAUUUUUUAUUGUGACUGUGGGUCUUUUACGCUUUCGAAAUUAUUCUAUAAAUAUUUUGAUGUUUUGUUAUAUUUUUGAAAAAAACUUCAAUAUUUAAAAUAAUUUCAAAAAUGGAAAAAGUUCACAAACCAACAAUGAAAAGUAUCAAAAUGUCUUAUUCAACCUGUGAUUAAUUGGCCACUCGUUAGGGUAAUUCAAAUAUCCAAAUUGUACCAAUGUCCCAACGAUUUUUUUCAAGAUCGUGUACCAAAUAAAUAUUCAAUGUUUUUUUUUUCAAGAUCAUGUACAAAAAAUAAAAGAAUCUACAAGAUCGUGUACCAAUAUCCCAACGACUUUUUUUUAAUAUUUUUUAUAUUUGGUACACAUAGCUAAAUCUAAACAAUAGUGUACCAAUAUCCCAAUGAUUUUUGUUCAAGAUCAUACAUCAACAUCUUUUAUAUUUGGUAUACAAUCUUGAACCAAAUAACACUCUGAAAAAAAUAAUACAUUAUUAUGAUUGAUUGAAAAUAAAGAAUGAUUUCAAAAAAUAUAUGUAAAAGAAAAAUUGUAGAAGAAGGAGAAUAAAGAAUAUGGAAAGAAAAGAAAAAGUGAAGAAAAAUAAAAAGGAAAGACAAACCUGUAAUACUUGAAAAAAUAGCCGACUUUACGAGCUUCUUGAUUUUGUUAUAGUUAUUUUAAAUAUUUUGAUUCAAUUCAAUACUAAAAACAGAAAACAUAUCAUUAAAAAAUUAUCAAACAAUUUUAUAACAUUACAAUUUUCAUAUCUGGUUAUCAUUGGGUUUUUCUUUUUUAAUUCUCUCUAUGAUUUCUUUUCUUUUUAAAUCCUUGUUGAUGUUGAGAUGAUAAAUAGUAAUCUUUUUAUCGCUAAUUGAGAGGCAGAGAUAGUUGAUGAAACGUACACUGGAUAGUUAAUUAGUACAACUUGGAGUGAGAUCAAAGAUGUAUUUUAUGAAAACUAGUUGUAGAACAUAUUAUAAAUUAUGUUCAAAUAAAAUGUUGGUCCUUGUACUUA